CGUUUGGCAAACGAAGUACAUAAAUAAACAAAACGUUCAACUUAUAAACCCACUUUCGAUUUUCAAAAGCGCAUUCCGAAUCUUCGACCCUAUCUCCUUGUAACGAGAUUUCAACCUCUCUCACACGAGACACCCAUUUACAAAAGAAUAAAAAAAUUUUUUUUUUCAAAAUUUGGAAAAAUUUGUUCCUCUGUAUCUCUCUGCGCCUCGUUAAAAUUUUUCAUAUGCUCCUCCCUCGACUCCAAACCCCUUACCCCUCAAAACCCCGACGCUUUUCCCCUUUACAACGACUCCCACCCAAGAUCGAUCGAAAUUCUCCAGGGGAAGCCGAAGCCGAAGCCGAAGUCGAAGCUAUGGCCGUUGCUGAUUCUAGAGACCAAGCUCUCUCUCUCCUCACCGCCGCGAACAACCACGCCGAUUUGGCGGUGAAGCUUUCGUCUCUUAAACAGGCCAAGGAUAUUCUUUCCUCUCUCGAUUCUUCCUCCGCUGCCGACCUCUUCCCUUGCCUAGCUGACCUCCAGCGUUCGCCUUACAGCCUCGUUAGGAAAUUUCUCGUCGAGAUAAUUGAAGAUAUUGCAUUAAAAGCGAUGGAGCAUUCUACUAUGAUAGUACCUGUGUUUGUAGCGUUUUUGAGGGAUGUUGACUCCGAUGUUGUGAGGCAAUCUGUUGUUAGUGGCACACAUUUCUUCUGCAGUGUUUUGGAAGAAAUGGCAUUACAGUUUCAACAGCAUGGUAAAGUUGACCAGUGGCUCGAAGAACUAUGGAUGUGGAUUGUUAGGUUCAAGGAAGGUGUGUUUUCCAUUGCAUUGGAGCCUGGUUCAGUUGGGACAAAGUUGCUGGCGCUGAAAUUUUUGGAGACAUAUGUCUUACUUUUAACAUUUGACAACGUUGAUUCUGAAAAAUUUGUUGAAGCUACCAGAGGGAGUAGAUGGACUUUUAAUGUAUCGUGGUUGAGUGGUGGUUAUCCUAUUUUGGAUCCCGUUGCACUAACAUCAGAUGCAAACAGGACUCUUUUUGUUUUACUGGACAUUUUGCAAUCAGCCGGUAGUCUCCCUGGCUCUGUAACAAUCACUGUUAUCAAUUGUCUUGCUGCCAUAGCAAGGAAGAGACCCCUCCACUAUGGCACUGUUCUUUCUGCACUUCUCGAUUUUAAUCCAAACUUUGAGACGGUGAGGGGAUGUCAUACCGCAAGUAUUCAGUAUUCCUUGAGAACUGCAUUUAUGGGAUUCCUGAGAUGUACUUAUCCAGCUAUUAUAGAGUCGAGAGACAGAUUGCUUAGAGCUCUACGAGCAAUGAAUGCUGGGGAUGCUGCUGAUCAUGUCAUCAGACAGGUUGAAAAGAUGAUAAAAAAUAGUGAGCGUGCUUCACGGGAAACUCAGUCAGGCAGGGAUGAUCAAUCAUCAAGCCAAGCAUAUGUUUUAGGGGAUGUAUCAAAGAAAAGAUCUAUGUCUCAUGAUAAUGAAGAACUAACAAAUAGUUUUGAAAUGGCCUCCAAGCGUAUUCACUCUGGUCCCAAUUCCCAUUCAAUAUCAGCCACUCAAAUAAAUGAUUCUGGGCAGCAUUUUGCUUCUGUUAAUGGACAAUCUCCUAAUUUUCCACUUUCGGAUGGUAAUUUAACUCCUGUUGAGCAAAUGAUUGCAAUGAUUGGUGCUUUGCUUGCUGAAGGAGAAAGAGGUGCUGAAUCUCUUGAAAUUCUUAUUUCAAAAAUUCAUCCUGAUCUUCUGGCUGAUAUUGUCAUCACAAAUAUGAGGCACUUGCCUAGAAGUCCUGCACCAUUAACAAGGCUUGGGAUAUUGCAUAUAACAGAACAAGCUGUUUAUGUAAAUGGUCCAGCUCAAGUUGUGCCACCUCCUGCUCCAACAAAUUCUUUGCACUCUCCUGUUCCCACAGCACAAUUGCCCUUUACUUCAGCUGCUACAACCAGUUCAUCAGUGUCUGUUGCAUCCACUGUCAAUAAUUUUGCUGCAGAUUCCAAACGUGACCCAAGAAGGGAUCUCCGUCGCCUAGAUCCACGACGACCUGCUGUAUCUGUUGGAAUGCCAUCACCUGUUCCAGAGGACACUGGCACUGCAAUGGCUGAGUUUGAUGGUUCUAUUUCUAAUAAGCUUCUUUCUGUGACAGUUGUUGAAAAUGCUGCUGUGCAUUCAAUGUCUAACACCAAAAGUGAUGAUAAAAUAAUAGAAGUUCUGUCAGUUUCUGCUGUUGAGCAACCAGCUCCUGAAGGGGAUGUUCUGGGUGGUAUGGAAGACAUUGUUCCCAGUAUAGAUGUCAAGACUUCUUCCAAUAGAGCACUUUCUCUUCUUCGUAUGGAUGAUGAAGAUUCAGCUGAAAUGAAGGCAGAUGCUGAAUUGAAAUAUGAGACUGAUGCAUCUUCUUUUCCAGAGUUUGAUCAGAAUUUCCCUGCUACUUUAAACAUAUCUUCUUUGGAUGAGAUUGGGCAGGAUUUACCUGUGCUACCACUAUAUGUUGAGCUAACUGAAGAGCAGAAAAGAAGUGUGAGAAAAUCAGCAGUUCAACAGAUUGCUGAAUCAUACCUGCAUCUUCAUUGGUCAGACUGUAACCAAAUGCGCAUGGCGUUAAUUGCACGGCUGGUUGGUCAGAUUGAUGCUGAUGAUAUUGUUGUCAUGUUGGGAAAACAAAUUGUUGUGGAUUACCGACAACAAAAGGGUCACGAGAUUGUAUUGCAAGUUCUCUACCACCUAUAUUCUCUCACAGUUUCAAAUUCAGUUGAUAACUCUUCAUAUUCUGCUGUUCUUUAUGAAAAUUUUCUCCUGGCAGUGGCCAAAUCUUUGCUGGACACUUUUCCGGCCUCAGAUAAGUCAUUUAGUAGACUUCUUGGCGAAGUUCCAUUUCUGCCUGACUCUGCCUUGAAACUAUUAGAUGAUCUCUGCUAUACUGAUGUGUUUGAUGUUACUGGGAGAGAGAUUCGUGAUGCUGAGCGUGUAACGCAAGGCCUUGGUGUGGUGUGGAGUUUAAUUUUGGGACGUCCAAAUAAUCGGCAAGCCUGCUUAGGUAUAGCAUUGAAGUGUGCUGUUCACUCUCAAGAUGACAUUCGAGGCAAAGCUAUACGGCUGGUAGCAAACAAACUUUAUCAGCUGAGCUACGUAUCUGGGGAAAUUGAGCAAUUUGCAACAAAUAUGUUGCUGUCUGCUGUGGAUCACCAUGUUGCAGGUGCAGAGUUUUUGCAGUCUGGUUCCAUUGAUGAAAGAGGCGAAAGGGAGGUUGGAAGCGGGGACACAUCUACUAGUGGUUCAGCUUCUGGAAUUGACUCUAUGAAUACAAAAUCAACAAGUAAUAGUCCUCCAGUAGUGUCAUUUUCUGAAACUCAAAGACUCAUUUCUCUGUUUUUUGCUUUAUGCACAAAGAAGCCUAGUCUUCUUCAGCUCUCAUUUGAUAUUUAUGGGCGAGCACCAAAAACCGUAAAGCAGGCUUUUCACCGCCAUAUCCCUAUUGUAAUAAGAGCCUUAGGUCAGUUGUACUCUCAGUUGCUCCAAAUAAUAUCUGACCCGCCACAAGGAAGUGAAAAUCUUCUGACACUGGUGCUGCAAAUACUGACACAAGAGACAACACCUUCUCCUGAUUUAGUAGCUACGGUGAAGCAUUUAUAUGAAACUAAGCUGAAGGAUGCUACCAUCCUUAUUCCAAUGUUAUCUUCACUUUCCAAGAAUGAGGUGUUACCUAUUUUCCCUCGGCUUGUUGACCUUCCAUUGGAAAAGUUCCAGCUUGCACUUGCUCGCAUAUUACAGGGUUCAGCACACACUGGUCCUGCCUUGACCCCAACUGAAGUGUUGGUUGCCAUACAUGACAUCAUUCCUGAAAAAGGUGGCCCCCCACUCAAAAAGAUAAUGGAUGCUUGCUCGGCUUGUUUUGAGCAGCACACAGUUUUCACACAGCAGGUCUUAGCAAAGGCCUUGAAUCAGAUGGUUGAUCAGAUCCCUCUUCCUUUACUUUUCAUGAGAACAGUUAUUCAGGCAAUUGAUGCGUUUCCUACCCUGGUUGAUUUUGUCAUGGAAAUGCUAUCCAAACUUGUGAGUAAACAGGUCUGGAGAAUGCCAAAGUUGUGGGUUGGGUUUUUGAAGUGUGUGGCUCAGACACAACCACAUUCUUUUCCUGUAUUAUUACAGUUGCCUCCUCCACAACUUGAAAGCACGCUGAAUAAAUAUGGUAGUCUCAGAAGUUCCCUAGCUACUUAUGCAAGCCAACCAACCAUAAAAGCUUCACUGCCUAGAUCAACACUUGCUGUACUUGGUCUUGCAAAUGAAUCGCAUAUGCAGCAAUCACAUAUGUCAACCUUGCAUCCUUCAGACACUUCCUCAGUUCAGGGAGCAACUCUGACGUGAUAACUCAAAGCUGCUCAUAUUUUUGAAAUGGACAAGCUGCACCUCAAGCAGUUAUGUGGAUCUGAUCACCAAGUCAGUUCAUAUGCAAGUGUUUGAUUCACCGAUGGAGGAAUGUAAGAAUGGGCCUCUCAUAUCACCAUUGCUGAAUCCGGGAUUGGAACUCCGAUAGCUAGUCGCUCAUGAAACAGCAUGUCUAGCAAGGGUGUCACCAUUCGAGAGGAUCUGUCCCUUCCCUCCAGCUGCUUCGAAGACUGUACCAUAGUUCCCUUUAUAUUAUUCCUUUUAAAAAAAAAAAAAUUUCGAGAAUACCUUCAAUUUUCUAGCAUAUGUAAUUAACUUGUAUUGUAUAGGGGUUGAUAGCCCUCCGAAGAGCGUAAGGUUAUCAGUGGUUCCCUUGUUUUGGCGUAGGGAUCCUGUAUUCUCAAUAACAAUUGAGUUUUAGUCGGAGGGACAGUUCGAUUUUAAAGGAAAAAUGAAUUUCAAAUAUAUCAAUUGGGUCAAGCUAAUAAAUAUAGGAAUGAGGUGUUAAUAUUUCUUUUGUUUCCCAUCACAUCACCCAUCUUCACCAAAUGAGAGGGCUCUCGACGAAAUAUUCCUGUUUUUUGAUUCAUCACUGCAUAAUAUUUGGAGGAAACAACUCGAUUUAUGUUCUUUACAAUCAUCUGUUCUACAAGCCAUCUGAACUCAUAAAUAUUAGAAAUUUAGGGGAACAUGUGCGAAUUGAUUUCCAGCUAACAAGCUUAUAUCCUUUGCAAUGACAAGCAUUGCCAUUCUCCCAAAAAGAAAGUGAUAUAUCAUAGUCUGCACCGCGCGUAAUGGAAAUAAUAAAUAGCUUUCUUUCUCCA